AUAAAUAGUUAUAAAGUGUAAAUAAACUAUUUGAAAAUAGAAAAAAAAAAACCAUAUACUUUUUCUCGUUUUAUGCUCUGAUAAAUUAUAGAAGGAGAAGAAGAGAAUUAAAUAGGUGAAAGUAAAUGAAAAUACAAGAUGAAAUAAUAAUUAUUGAUUUUUGUUGUUAAUGAAUAAAAAAUUUAUAUAUAUAUUUAAUGAAAUGCAGUAAUGUUCAAUAUUUUCAUGUUGGUAUAAUGGCAAAAAAAGUGGGGACAAAAUGUGGUUUCACCUGAAGCAUUCACCAUACUGCCUUCAGACUUUGCACGUAUUUCUUGAUAUCAGUAAUGAAAAAUAUUGCACUCUUGAUUUUUAUAUUUUUUUUUAAAUUUAAAAACGCUCAUUAAAAUUUUAAAAAAUUAUAUUAUUUUAAAUUGUGGAUAAAUAUGUUUAUCAAAGUGUUUCAAUGUAGAUGAAAAGAAAAAAAAAUUUCAACAAUUUUAAAACAACAAUAAUAAAUUUCAAUAAUUUAUUGAUGAAUCAAGUAAUAAAAAAAAACCCACACAUUUGAAAAUAAUAAAAUAAUGGAAAUGAUAAGUUUAGUAACUGGUGGAUCAAUAUUAGGAUGGGCAAUAGUUCCUUUAAUUGCAAUUAGUUUAACUUAUUUUCAAUACAAUUCAGCAGAUCCAGAAUCACAUCCAAAAGAUGUUCAUGAGCUUUUCAGAAUGUACGAUUUUAUUGUUAUUGGAAGUGGUAGUGCUGGUGCAGUUAUAGCAUCAAGAUUAUCAGAAAUAUCAAAUUGGACUGUUCUACUUGUUGAAGCUGGUGGUGAUGAAAAUGAAAUAUCUGAUAUUCCAGCAUUGGCUGGUUAUACACAAAUGUCAGAACUUGAUUGGAAAUAUCAAACAUCACCACCAACAACAUCAGCCUAUUGUUUAGCAAUGCAAGGUGAUCGUUGUAAUUGGCCAAGAGGUAAAGUUCUUGGUGGUAGUAGUGUAUUAAAUGCCAUGGUUUAUGUUCGUGGUAACAAAAAUGAUUAUGAUAAUUGGGAAAAACUUGGUAAUCGAGGCUGGGCAUACAAAGAUGUACUUCCUUAUUUUAUAAAAUCCGAGGACAAUCGUAAUCCAUAUUUAGCAAAUAGUCCUUAUCAUGGUACAGGAGGUCUUUUAACUGUUCAAGAAUCACCAUGGAGAACACCAUUAUCAAUAGCAUUUUUACAAGCUGGUAUUCAAUUGGGUUAUAAAAAUCAAGAUAUUAAUGGUGAUAAUCAAACUGGUUUUAUGAUAACACAAUCAACAAUAAGACGUGGUAAUAGAUGUUCAACAGCUAAAGCAUUUUUACGUCCAGUUAAAAGUCGUAAAAAUUUACAUAUUACAAUGAAUUCACAUGUAUUAAAAUUAUUAUUUAAUAAAGAUAAACGUGUAACAGGUAUUGAGUUAUUAAAAAAUGAUAAAAAAAUAAUAAUAAAAGUUAGAAGAGAAGUUAUAUUAUCAGCUGGUGCAAUUGGAUCACCACAAUUAUUAAUGGUAUCUGGUAUUGGUCCAAAAGAACAUUUAAAAGAAUUUGAUAUUCCUGUAUUAUCAAAUUUAAGAGUUGGUGAUAAUUUACAAGAUCAUGUUGGACUUGGUGGAUUAACAUAUAUUAUUGAUGAACCAUUGACAUUUAAAAAAUCACGUUUUCAAAAUUUUCCAACAGCAAUUGAAUAUAUAUUAAAUGAACGUGGUGCAAUGACAUCAUCUGGUGUUGAAGGUAUUGCAUUUGUUAAUUCACGUUAUAAUGAUAAAUCAAUUGAUUGGCCAGAUAUACAAUUUCAUUUUACACCAAGUUCAAUUAAUUCUGAUGGUGGUCAACAAAUUAAAAAAAUAUUAGGUUUACGUGAUAGUGUUUAUAAUACAAUGUAUAAACCAUUACAUGAUGCUGAAACAUACAUGUUAUUACCAUUAUUAUUAAGACCAUUAAGUACUGGUUGGAUACGUUUAAAAAGUAAAGAUCCAAAAAUAUAUCCAGAUAUUAAUCCAAAUUAUUUUACACAUAAAAAAGAUAUGGAUAUAUUAGUUGAUGCAAUUAAUAUUGCUAUGGAAUUAUCAAAUACAACAGCAUUUCAAAGAUUUGGAACAAGACCAUUAAAAAUAUUAAUGCCAGGUUGUCAAAAAUAUUUAUUUAAUUCAUAUGAUUAUUGGGAAUGUGCCAUACGACAUUUUACAUUUACAAUAUAUCAUCCAUCUGGUACAUGUAAAAUGGGACCAGCUAAUGAUCCAACAGCAGUUGUUGAUUCAAGAUUAAGAGUUUAUGGUGUUAAAGGUUUACGAGUUGCUGAUGCAUCAAUAAUGCCAAAAAUUGUUAGUGGUAAUCCAAAUGCUCCUAUUAUUAUGAUUGGUGAAAAAGCUAGUGAUAUGAUCAAGGAAGAUUGGAUAAGGCCUAAACGAAAAUUUUAAUUAUUACGUCAUUUAAAUUGAGCAAUAAGAAAUUAUUUUUUUUUUUUAUCGAAAAAAAUUGU